AUGACGCAGACGCUCCCUGUUGGGCCACAAAGGCACUCCAAAGGGACAGGCCGCUCCAAAGGGACAGGCCGCCCCAAAGGGACAGGCCGCUGCAGGGACAGGCCGCUCCAAAGGGACAGGCCGCCCCAAAGGGACAGGCCGCUCCAAAGGGACAGGCCGCUGCAGGGACAGGCCGCUCCAAAGGGACAGGCCGCUGCAGGGACAGGCCGCUCCAAAGGGACAGGCCGCUGCAGGGACAGGCCGCUGCAGGGACAGGCCGCUCCAAAGGGACAGGCCGCUGCAGGGACAGGCCGCUCCAAAGGGACAGGCCGCUGCAGGGACAGGCCGCUGCAGGGACAGGCCGCUCCAAAGGGACAGGCCGCUGAAGGGACAGGCCGCUCCAAAGGGACAGGCCGCUGCAAAGGGACAGGCCGCUCCAAAGGGACAGGCCGCUCCAAAGGGACAGGCCGCUGCAGGGACAGGCCGCUGCAGGGACAGGCCGCUGCAGGGACAGGCCGCUCCAAAGGGACAGGCCGCUGCAGGGACAGGCCGCUGCAGGAACAGGCCGCUCCAAAGGGACAGGCCGCUCCAAAGGGACAGGCCGCUGCAGGGACAGGCCGCUCCAAAGGGACAGGCCGCUCCAAAGGGACAGGCCGCUGCAGGGACAGGCCGCUGCAGGGACAGGCCGCUGCAGGGACAGGCCGCUCCAAAGGGACAGGCCGCUGCAGGGACAGGCCGCUGCAGGAACAGGCCGCUCCAAAGGGACAGGCCGCUGCAGGGACAGGCCGCUGCAGGGACAGGCCGCUCCAAAGGGACAGGCCGCUCCAGGAACAGGCCGCUCCAAAGGGACAGGCCGCUCCAAAGGGACAGGCCGCUCCAAAGGGACAGGCCGCUCCAAAGGGACAGGCCGCUGCAGGGACAGGCCGCUCCAAAGGGACAGGCCGCUCCAAAGGGACAGGCCGCUCCAAAGGGACAGGCCGCUGCAGGAACAGGCCGCUGCAGGGACAGGCCGCUGCAGGGACAGGCCGCUGCAGGGACAGGCCGCUCCAAAGGGACAGGCCGCUGCAGGGACAGGCCGCUGCAGGGACAGGCCGCUCCAAAGGGACAGGGCCGCUCCAAAGGGACAGGCCGCUGCAGGAACAGGCCGCUCCAAAGGGACAGGCCGCUCCAAAGGGACAGGCCGCUCCAGGAACAGGCCGCUCCAAAGGGACAGGCCGCUGCAGGGACAGGCCGCUGCAGGGACAGGCCGCUCCAAAGGGACAGGCCGCUCCAAAGGGACAGGCCGCUGCAGGGACAGGCCGCUGCAGGAACCAGGCCGCUGCAGGAACAGGCCUCUGCCAGGCCAGGGACAGGCCGCUGCAGGGACAGGCCGCUCCAAAGGGACAGGCCGCUCCAAAGGGACAGGCCGCUCCAAAGGGACAAGGGACAGCCGCUGCAGGGACAGGCCGCUGCAGGGACAGGCCGCUCCAAAGGGACAGGCCCGCUCCAAAGGGACAGGCCGCUCCAAAGGGACAGGGGACAGGACAGGCCGCUCCAAAGGGACAGGCCGCUCCAAAGGAACAGGCCGCUCCAAAGGGACAGGCCGCUCCAAAGGGACAGGCCGCUGCAGGAACAGGCCGCUCCAAAGGGACAGGCCGCUCCAAAGGGACAGGCCGCUCCAAAGGGACAGGCCGCUGCAGGGACAGGCCGCUGCAGGGACAGGCCGCUGCAGGGACAGGCCGCUCCAGGAACAGGCCGCUCCAAAGGGACAGGCCGCUCCAAAGGGACAGGCCGCUGCAGGAACAGGCCGCUGCAGGGACAGGCCGCUGCAGGGACAGGCCGCUGCAGGGACAGGCCGCUCCAAAGGGACAGGCCGCUGCAGGGACAGGCCGCUGCAGGGACAGGCCGCUCCAAAGGGACAGGCCGCUCCAAAGGGACAGGCCGCUGCAGGAACAGGCCGCUCCAAAGGGACAGGCCGCUCCAAAGGGACAGGCCGCUCCAGGAACAGGCCGCUCCAAAGGGACAGGCCGCUGCAGGGACAGGCCGCUGCAGGGACAGGCCGCUCCAAAGGGACAGGCCGCUCCAAAGGGACAGGCCGCUGCAGGGACAGGCCGCUGCAGGAACAGGCCGCUGCAGGAACAGGCCGCUGCAGGAACAGGCCGCUGCAGGGACAGGCCGCUGCAGGAACAGGCCGCUGCAGGGACAGGCCGCUGCAGGGACAGGCCGCUCCAAAGGGACAGGCCGCUCCAAAGGGACAGGCCGCUCCAAAGGGACAGGCCGCUGCAGGGACAGGCCGCUGCAGGGACAGGCCGCUGCAGGGACAGGCCGCUCCAAAGGGACAGGCCGCUCCAAAGGGACAGGCCGCUCCAAAGGGACAGGCCGCUGCAGGGACAGGCCGCUCCAGGAACAGGCCGCUCCAAAGGGACAGGCCGCUGCAGGGACAGGCCGCUGCAGAGACAGGCCGCUGCAGGGACAGGCCGCUGCAGAGACAGGCCGCUCCAAAGGGACAGGCCGCUGCAGGGACAGGCCGCUGCAGGGACAGGCCGCUCCAAAGGGACAGGCCGCUCCAAAGGGACAGGCCGCUGCAGGGACAGGCCGCUGCAGGAACAGGCCGCUGCAGGAACAGGCCGCUGCAGGGACAGGCCGCUGCAGGGACAGGCCGCUCCAAAGGGACAGGCCGCUCCAAAGGGACAGGCCGUUGCAGGGACAGGCCGCUGCAGAGACAGGCCGCUGCAGGGACAGGCCGCUGCAGAGACAGGCCGCUCCAAAGGGACAGGCCGCUCCAAAGGGACAGGCCGCUGCAGGGACAGGCCGCUCCAAAGGGACAGGCCGCUCCAAAGGGACAGGCCGUUGCAGGGACAGGCCGCUCCAGGAACAGGCCGCCCCAAAGGGACAGGCCGCUCCAAAGGGACAGGCCGCUCCAAAGGGACAGGCCGCUGCAGGGACAGGCCGCUCCAAAGGGACAGGCCGCUGCAGGGACAGGCCGCUGCAGAGACAGGCCGCUGCAGGGACAGGCCGCUGCAGAGACAGGCCGCUCCAAAGGGACAGGCCGCUCCAAAGGGACAGGCCGCUGCAGGGACAGGCCGCUGCAGGAACAGGCCGCUGCAGGAACAGGCCGCUGCAGGAACAGGCCGCUGCAGGGACAGGCCGCUCCAAAGGGACAGGCCGUUGCAGGAACAGGCCGCUCCAAAGGGACAGGCCGCUCCAAAGGGACAGGCCGCUGCAGGAACAGGCCGCUCCAAAGGGACAGGCCGCUCCAAAGGGACAGGCCGCUGCAGGGACAGGCCGCUGCAGGGACAGGCCGCUCCAAAGGGACAGGCCGCUCCAAAGGGACAGGCCGCUGCAGGGACAGGCCGCUGCAGGAACAGGCCGCUGCAGGGACAGGCCGCUCCAAAGGGACAGGCCGCUCCAAAGGGACAGGCCGUUGCAGGGACAGGCCGCUGCAGGGACAGGCCGCUCCAAAGGGACAGGCCGCUCCAAAGGGACAGGCCGCUCCAGGAACAGGCCGCUCCAAAGGGACAGGCCGCUGCAGGGACAGGCCGCUGCAGGGACAGGCCGCUGCAGGGACAGGCCGCUCCAAAGGGACAGGCCGCUGCAGGAACAGGCCGCUGCAGGAACAGGCCGCUCCAAAGGGACAGGCCGCUGCAGGGACAGGCCGCUCCAAAGGGACAGGCCGCUCCAAAGGGACAGGCCGUUGCAGGGACAGGCCGCUGCAGGGACAGGCCGCUCCAAAGGGACAGGCCGCUCCAAAGGGACAGGCCGUUGCAGGGACAGGCCGCUCCAGGAACAGGCCGCUCCAAAGGGACAGGCCGCUCCAAAGGGACAGGCCGCUGCAGGGACAGGCCGCUGCAGGGACAGGCCGCUGCAGGGACAGGCCGCUGCAGGGACAGGCCGCUCCAAAGGGACAGGCCGCUCCAAAGGGACAGGCCGCUGCAGGGACAGGCCGCUGCAGGGACAGGCCGCUCCAAAGGGACAGGCCGCUGCAGGGACAGGCCGCUGCAGGGACAGGCCGCUGCAGAGACAGGCCGCUGCAGAGACAGGCCGCUCCAAAGGGACAGGCCGCUCCAAAGGGACAGGCCGCUGCAGAGACAGGCCGCUGCAGGGACAGGCCGCUGCAGGGACAGGCCGCUGCAGGGACAGGCCGCUGCAGGGACAGGCCGCUCCAAAGGGACAGGCCGCUCCAAAGGGACAGGCCGCUCCAAAGGGACAGGCCGCUCCAAAGGGACAGGCCGCUGCAGGAACAGGCCGCUGCAGGGACAGGCCGCUGCAGGGACAGGCCGCUGCAGGGACAGGCCGCUGCAGGGACAGGCCGCUCCAAAGGGACAGGCCGCUGCAGGGACAGGCCGCUCCAAAGGGACAGGCCGCUGCAGGGACAGGCCGCUGCAGGGACAGGCCGCUGCAGGGACAGGCCGCUCCAAAGGGACAGGCCGCUCCAAAGGGACAGGCCGCUGCAGGGACAGGCCGCUCCAAAGGGACAGGCCGCUCCAAAGGGACAGGCCGCUGCAGGGACAGGCCGCUGCAGGAACAGGCCGCUCCAAAGGGACAGGCCGCUCCAAAGGGACAGGCCGCUGCAGGAACAGGCCGCUCCAAAGGGACAGGCCGCUCCAAAGGGACAGGCCGCUGCAGGGACAGGCCGCUGCAGGAACAGGCCGCUCCAAAGGGACAGGCCGCUCCAAAGGGACAGGCCGCUGCAGGGACAGGCCGCUCCAAAGGGACAGGCCGCUCCAAAGGGACAGGCCGCUGCAGGGACAGGCCGCUGCAGGGACAGGCCGCUGCAGGGACAGGCCGCUCCAAAGGGACAGGCCGCUGCAGGGACAGGCCGCUGCAGGAACAGGCCGCUCCAAAGGGACAGGCCGCUGCAGGGACAGGCCGCUGCAGGGACAGGCCGCUCCAAAGGGACAGGCCGCUCCAGGAACAGGCCGCUCCAAAGGGACAGGCCGCUCCAAAGGGACAGGCCGCUCCAAAGGGACAGGCCGCUCCAAAGGGACAGGCCGCUGCAGGGACAGGCCGCUCCAAAGGGACAGGCCGCUCCAAAGGGACAGGCCGCUCCAAAGGGACAGGCCGCUGCAGGAACAGGCCGCUGCAGGGACAGGCCGCUGCAGGGACAGGCCGCUGCAGGGACAGGCCGCUCCAAAGGGACAGGCCGCUGCAGGGACAGGCCGCUGCAGGGACAGGCCGCUCCAAAGGGACAGGCCGCUCCAAAGGGACAGGCCGCUGCAGGAACAGGCCGCUCCAAAGGGACAGGCCGCUCCAAAGGGACAGGCCGCUCCAGGAACAGGCCGCUCCAAAGGGACAGGCCGCUGCAGGGACAGGCCGCUGCAGGGACAGGCCGCUCCAAAGGGACAGGCCGCUCCAAAGGGACAGGCCGCUGCAGGGACAGGCCGCUGCAGGAACAGGCCGCUGCAGGAACAGGCCGCUGCAGGAACAGGCCGCUGCAGGGACAGGCCGCUGCAGGGACAGGCCGCUGCAGGAACAGGCCGCUGCAGGGACAGGCCGCUGCAGGGACAGGCCGCUCCAAAGGGACAGGCCGCUCCAAAGGGACAGGCCGCUCCAAAGGGACAGGCCGUUGCAGGGACAGGCCGCUGCAGGGACAGGCCGCUCCAGGAACAGGCCGCUGCAGGGACAGGCCGCUGCAGGGACAGGCCGCUCCAAAGGGACAGGCCGCUCCAAAGGGACAGGCCGCUCCAAAGGGACAGGCCGCUGCAGGGACAGGCCGCUGCAGGGACAGGCCGCUGCAGGGACAGGCCGCUCCAAAGGGACAGGCCGCUGAAGGGACAGGCCGCUCCAAAGGGACAGGCCGCUCCAAAGGGACAGGCCGCUCCAAAGGGACAGGCCGCUCCAAAGGAACAGGCCGCUCCAAAGGGACAGGCCGCUCCAAAGGGACAGGCCGCUGCAGGAACAGGCCGCUCCAAAGGGACAGGCCGCUCCAAAGGGACAGGCCGCUCCAAAGGGACAGGCCGCUGCAGGGACAGGCCGCUGCAGGGACAGGCCGCUGCAGGGACAGGCCGCUCCAGGAACAGGCCGCUCCAAAGGGACAGGCCGCUCCAAAGGGACAGGCCGCUGCAGGAACAGGCCGCUGCAGGGACAGGCCGCUGCAGGGACAGGCCGCUGCAGGGACAGGCCGCUCCAAAGGGACAGGCCGCUGCAGGGACAGGCCGCUGCAGGGACAGGCCGCUCCAAAGGGACAGGCCGCUCCAAAGGGACAGGCCGCUGCAGGAACAGGCCGCUCCAAAGGGACAGGCCGCUCCAAAGGGACAGGCCGCUCCAGGAACAGGCCGCUCCAAAGGGACAGGCCGCUGCAGGGACAGGCCGCUGCAGGGACAGGCCGCUGCAGGGACAGGCCGCUCCAAAGGGACAGGCCGCUCCAAAGGGACAGGCCGCUGCAGGGACAGGCCGCUGCAGGAACAGGCCGCUGCAGGAACAGGCCGCUGCAGGAACAGGCCGCUGCAGGGACAGGCCGCUGCAGGAACAGGCCGCUGCAGGGACAGGCCGCUGCAGGGACAGGCCGCUCCAAAGGGACAGGCCGCUCCAAAGGGACAGGCCGCUCCAAAGGGACAGGCCGCUGCAGGGACAGGCCGCUGCAGGGACAGGCCGCUGCAGGGACAGGCCGCUGCUCCAAAGGGACAGGCCGCUCCAAAGGGACAGGCCGCUCCAAAGGGACAGGCCGACAGGGACAGGCCGCUGCAGGGACAGGCCGCUCCAGGGAACAGGCCGCUCCAAAGGGACAGGCCGCUGCAGGGACAGGCCGCUGCAGGGACAGGCCGCUGCAGGGACAGGCCGCUGCAGGGACAGAGACAGGCCUGCAGGGACAGGCCGCUCCAAAGGGACAGGCCGCUCCAAAGGGACAGGCCGCUGCAGGGACAGGCCGCUGCAGGGACAGGCCGCUCCAAAGGGACAGGGCUGCGCCGCUGCAGAGACAGCCGCGCAAAGGGACAGGCCGCUGCAGGGACAGGCCGCUGCAGGGACAGGCCGCUCCAAAGGGACAGGCCGCUGCAGGGACAGGCCGCUGCAGGGACAGGCCGCUCCAAGGGACAGGCCGCUGCAGGGACAGGCCGCUGCAGGGAACAGGCCGCUGCAGGGACAGGCCGCUGCAGAGACCAGGCCGCUCCAAAGGACAGGCCGCUGCAGGGACAGGCCGCUGCAGAGACAGGCUGCAGGGACCCGCUGCAGGGACAGGCCGCUCCAGCAGGGGGACAGGCCGCUGCCAAAGGGACAGGCCGCUGCAGGGACAGGCCGCAAAGGGACAGGCCGCUGAGGGACAGGCCGCUGCAGGCCGCUGCAGGGACAGGCCGCUGCAGGGACAGGCCGCUCCAAAGGGACAGGCCGCUCCACAGUGGGACAGGCCGCUGCAGGGACAGGCCGCUGCAGGGACAGGCGCCUGCAAAGGGACAGGACGCAUGCAGGAACAGGCCGCUGCAGGGACAGGCCGCUCCAAAGGGACAGGCCGCUGCAGGAACAGGCCGCUGCCAAAGGGACAGGCCGCUCCAAAAGGGACAGGACAGGCCGCUGCAGGAAACAGGCGCUCCAAAGGGACAGGCCGCUCCAAAGGGACAGGCCGCUGCAGGGACAGGCCGCUGCAGGGCAGGCCGGGACAGGCCGCUCCAAAGGGACAGGCCGCUGCAGGGGGGAGGCAGACGGCGCGCGGAGGGACAGGCCGCUGCAGGGAACAGGCCGCUGCAGGGACAAGGCCGCUCCAAAGGGACAGGCCGCUCCAAAGGGACAGGCCCGACACGCUCCAAAGGGACAGGCCGCUGCAGGGACAGGCCGCUGCAGGGACAGGCCGCUCAAAGCGUGCCAAAGGGACAGGCCGCUCCAAAGGGACAGGCCGCUGCAGGGACAGGCAGGACAGGCCGCUGCAAGGGACAGGCCGCUGCAGGGACAGGCCGCUCGCAAAGGGACAGGCCGCUGCAGGAACAGGCCGCUGCAGGAACAGGCCGCUCCAAAGGGACAGGCCGCUGCAGGGACAGGCGCUUCAGGGGACAGGCCGCGCAGGACAGCCGCUGA